AUGGCCUCCUCCGCCACCACCGACGCCGGCGGCGAAGAUCAGCACCUCACAAUCCCAAACAUCAAGGUCCAGCAGCUCCCGCACCUCCUCCACACCCUCCCCUCCCUCCGCAGCCACCCCAACCCCCUCGACGCCAAUCCCUUCUUCCGCCCCUCCUCCGAGUUCUACAUCACCCCAAACGACGUCGUCCUCCGCCACAUCCUCCACGGCGCCUCGGACGCGCCCGGGCCCCGCCUGGCCUACCACCGGGCCGGGCCGAGGAAGGCGGUCUACUUCGAGCCCGGUCACGUGCGCGCGGCCAUCGUCACGUGCGGGGGCCUCUGCCCCGGCAUGAACACCGUGAUCAGGGAGCUCGUCGUCGGCCUCUGGGACCUCUACGGCGCGCGCCACAUCUUCGGGGUCGAGGCCGGAUACCGGGGGUUUUAUUCCGGUGAGCCGGUCGCCUUGAACCCGAAGAUGGUCCAUGACUGGCACCGGAAAGGCGGUACGGUUCUAGAGACUUCUAGAGGCGGCUUCGACCUUGCUCGUAUCGUCGACGCUAUUCAGGAUCGUGGCUUCAACCAGGUGUACAUCAUUGGCGGCGACGGCACGAUGCGCGGCAUGGUGGAGAUAUUCAACGAGAUAAAGUGCCGGAAACUGAACAUCGCGGUGGCCGGAAUCCCGAAGACGGUGGACAACGACGUCGGCAUAAUAGACCGAUCCUUCGGGUUCCAAACUGCGGUGGAGAUGGCUCAGCAAGCGAUCAGCGCAGCCCACACAGAGGCCGAGAGCGCGGUGAAUGGCGUAGGGCUGGUGAAGCUGAUGGGGCGGAGCACCGGCCACAUCGCCCUCCACGCGACCCUCAGCAGCCGCGACGUCGACUGCUGCCUCAUCCCGGAGAAUGACUUCUACCUGGAGGGCAGAGGCGGGCUGCUCGAGUUCCUCGGCGCCCGCCUCAAGGAGAAUGGGCACGCGGUUGUCGUCGUGGCCGAGGGGGCCGGGCAGGACGUGAUACCGAGGAGCGACGAGGCGCAUGUGGAGGAGAAGGACGAGUCGGGGAAUCCGGUGUUCUUGGAUGUGGGAAGGUGGCUGAAGUCUGAGCUGAAGAAGUGGUGGGCCCGGGAUCACGGGACGGAGCUGUUCACCGUGAAGUAUAUCGAUCCGACUUAUAUGGUCCGGGCCGUGCCGGCCAAUGCGACGGAUAAUUUGUAUUGCACGUUGGUGGCUCACUCGGCCAUCCACGGGGCGAUGGCCGGGUACACGGGGUUCGUGUCGGGGCCAAUUAACGGGAACUACGGGUACAUUCCGGUGGAGGACGUCGCGAGGGCGAAGAAUCGGGUGGACACGAGGGACCACAAGUGGGCGUGGGUUCGAUCGCUCACGAAUCAGCCUGAUUUUGAGAAGAGGUGAAAUUGAAAGUAGUAGACUAUAGUAGUAGUGCUAUGAGAUGCUACUAUAUUGUUACAUUGUUAGAUUAAUAAGAAGGGUAGUAAUUUAGUAUUUGAUUGUUGUUACUUGCUAUUGUUGAUAAGACAAAACAGGGUUGGUGAGGUGGUAUGAGAAUCCGACAUGAAAAAGGUGGAAAAGAAACGUAGAAAUGUGGCUUUGUCAAAAAUGGAGAUUUGAAGGUGAAAGUGAAAUGCACUUAAAAAGAGAGGGGGAUUAUAGAUAGAUGGUGGCAUGUGAUUAGGGAAUAGAAUAUAAAAAUGCUAUACGCGUUUAUUUGUGAAAUUUCAUUAAAUUAAAAUGUAAGCUUAUGUUAGAUGUGUUUUUGUGAAUCAUAUCCUAUUGUUUUGAUAAA